AUGAAUCAUGGAGCGCGGCGAUCCCUGGCGCAAUUGAUCAAAAACCAUCACAACCGAUCACUGGUCCUCAAGUCAUCCCAACGAUGGUCUUCGACCUUUGAAACCCGACAAUGGUCUACACCAUUGGCACGCACCCUCGCAAAUGCGAUUAAAGUAACAGGACCCAUCCCCAUCGCAGCGUUCAUGCGCCAGGUCCUCACCUCCCCAGAAGGCGGCUAUUACACGACCAGACCCUCUGGCGACGGAGAGGUAUUCGGAAAGAAAGGCGACUUUGUUACGUCGCCAGAGAUCUCGCAGGUGUUCGGUGAAUUAGUCGGGAUAUGGACGAUUGCGGAAUGGAUGGCGCAGGGCCGGAAGAGUAGCGGGGUGCAGCUGAUGGAGGUUGGGCCAGGGAAGGGGACAUUGAUGGAUGACAUGUUACGGACAUUCAGGAACUUCAAGAGCUUCACCUCCAGCAUCGAAGCAAUCUACCUAGUGGAAGCCAGCGCUACGUUGAGGGAGGUCCAAAAACAACGCCUAUGCGGCGACGCCCCCAUGGAGGAAACAGAAAUUGGCCAUAAGAGCACCAGCAAGUACUUCAACGUACCUGUGAUCUGGGUCGAGGACAUCAGACUCCUGCCUCACGAAGAAAACAAAACCCCCUUCAUAAUCGCCCACGAAUUCUUCGACGCCCUCCCCAUCCACGCCUUCGAAUCCAUCCCCCCCUCCCCCGAAAACCAACCCCAACAAGACCAAGACCAAAUAAUGACCCCCACAGGCCCAGCAAAACUGCACAAACCCCUCAAACCAGCCAACACCCCCCAAUGGCGCGAGUUAAUGGUCACCCUCAACCCCAAAGCAGUAACAGAGAACCUACCGGACGAGCCCGAAUUCAAACUAACCCUCGCUAAAGCAUCCACCCCCUCCUCCCUAGUCAUCCCGGAGAUCUCAGAGCGCUACCGCGCCCUCAAGUCCCAGCCGGGCUCCACGAUUGAAAUCAGCCCAGAGAGCCGUAUCUACGCGUCUGAUUUUGCAAGACGGAUCGGUGGCGCGUCGCAGCCUCCCAGGACUGUUACCCGUGGAUCUGGAUCUGGAUCUGCGCCGCCGGCGAAGCGUGUUCCGUCUGGCGCGGCGCUGAUCAUGGAUUACGGGACUAUGUCUACUAUUCCUGUUAACUCGUUGCGGGGAAUUCAGCACCAUCGGAAGGUUCCGCCUUUGUCGUCGCCGGGGAAGGUUGAUGUUAGUGCUGAUGUGGAUUUUGUUGCGCUUGCUGAGGCGGCGUUGGAGGGGAGUGAGGGAGUGGAAGUUCAUGGGCCGGUUGAGCAGGGGGAUUUUCUGCGGACGAUGGGGAUUGCGGAGCGGAUGCAGCAGUUGCUUAAGGGGGUGAAGGAUGAGGAGAAGAGGAAGACGUUGGAGAGCGGGUGGCAGAGAUUGGUGGAGAAAGGGGGCGGUGGGAUGGGCAAGAUCUAUAAGUUCAUGGCUAUUGUGCCGGAGAACUCGGGUAAGAGAAGACCUGUUGGGUUUGGGGGUGGGAUUGAUGUAUAG